AUGCAAUAAAACUGUUCUCAUAUAGAUAUAGGUGCUUAUGGCUAUGUCUACAAGGUUCAAAGGGUAUCAGACCAAAAAUUAUUAGCACUGAAGCUAAUGAAUCUUUAAUUGGACAAUUUUCCAGCUAAAAACGCAGUGAUCUCUGAGAUAUCAACUCUUGUAACUAAUUAUUUAAAUAUGAUCAAUUAGAAAAAAAUUUGUCCUCAUCCAAACAUUGUCAAUAUGAUUGAUCAUCUGGAUGCUAAAAAAGAUUCGCAAACUAAUAUUAUAUACAUUUUACUGGAAUAUUGCCCAGGUGGAAAUUUGUUCAAUCUGAUAGAGGAAAGAUCUAAAAUUGGACUGAAUGGGUUAAAUGAGAUUGAAAUCUUAGACAUAAUGUCAGAUCUUGUAAAUGGUGUUAUUCAUUUGCAUUUGUACUUGAAAAUGUACUUAAAGGAAGUGAUGGAAAAUGGAAAAUAUGCGAUUUUGGAAGUUCAACAACAAACACUUAUAAUGUUAUCAACAACAAUAGCACCCGAGUAGCUUGAUCUUUAUUCAGGUUAUGCGAUUGAUGAGAAAGUUGACAUCUGGGCAAUGGGAAAUAUUAUAUAUACGCUAAUGUUCUUUAAAUCUCCGUUUCAACCAGGCGAGAAGCUAGCUCAGAUAAAUGCUGUGUUUAAAUUCCCUACAGAUACUUACUUCAGCUAGGAUUUAUAAAAUUUGAUCAAAUAAACACUCUCAAAGGACCCCAAAAAGAGAAUAGGCAUUGGUGAAUUAUGGAGCUGUGUAGAUUUAAUCAAGGAAAAAUUAUUAAAAUAGCCAACUGGGAUACCUCUAGUCGUAGGCUCAGCUGUGUAACCCGCAGUUGUAAAACCAAUCCAAAAUGAAUCUGCCCGACAGGUUGAAGUUUAAGCAAGAUAGAGGAAUAUACCAAAGUAGCAUAGAAUUGAGUCUUCAUCGAAAUUGUAGAGCUAAGAUAAAGAUAAGUCUAUCAAUAUAGAUCAGACUUUUAAUAUGAAAGAUAUGGUGCAAAAGAUGAUAAAUCCGUAAGAAUCAGCAGUUAAUGAGAAAGAUAUGAGAAUUUUAAUAGAGCAUCUUCACCAGAAGAAUGAUCAAGAAAAUACAUUUUACAGAUUUUUAGCUGUCUCUGACUAUAAGUCAAUAACAGUAGUAGUCUUGAAAGCGACAAUAGUAACUCAUAGGCUAUAACUAUAUUGCCCAUUCAUCACUCAGAAAUCCUUGAUAAGCUUGUAUCAAAAGAUCAUUCAAUCUUGGCAGGGCAUUUUAUAGAGCAAAGUAAAAAACGUUAAUGACAAAUUUAGAUGUGAAUACUUUGCUAAGCUCAUACUAUAGUAUGCUGACUAUCAAUGUACUAAAUCAUAAAUAGUGAGUGACUAUUCAGACUUGAUUGACGGGUCUUUUUCUUUAAUUAAGUAUUUCAACAAAAGCAAUGAUGCUAGAAGCCCAUUGAAUAUAGAUUUUAUCACUAGAUUAGAUAAACUAUGGACUAAAAUGAAUAAUUUGUGCAACAAGCUUGUAAAAGAUUAAAGAUUUUUAUGGGAACUAAGACUUAACAUAAUAACUAAUUUGAUAGAAGAUCAGUAUCUUUUACUUUGCCUUAUCUCACAUCUAAUAGUCUCUAUUAAGAUAGUGUGCUAGAGAUUUAAUUAGCAGGUGCCACAAAACUUCGUAACUUUUAUAGACCAGGCACAAAAGAAUUAUGACUAAAAUCUAGAAUAACUUAAAAGAUUUUAUCAGAAAUUAUCUAAUUUCUAGGAGUUAGCUCACCUUAAUGAAAAAAUACCUAAAAUUCCAAAUAAUCUAUCAUAAGAUGUGAAGAAUUCUACUAGGAACAGUAAAUUUGAAGCAGACUAAAGGAGAAAUCAUUUUAUCUUAACAGACCUGUUGAACACUUCUACAUCAAUAAAUGGCUUAUAGAUACCGCUACCAUUCUAGCUUUAUAAGGAAUAUACUAAAAAUUCACAUGAUUUCUAUGAGCUUCUUAUUGGCACCUAGAAGUAUAGAAAUAACAUAGAGAAAUUUUAGUAGUUCAACAGCAAGAGUAGUAAUAUAUAGGUUAACAAUAAUAUCAUUGGAGGUAAAUAGCAGUAUCACAGCAAUAGAUCUUCAUUUAUAAGAAGGACCAGUAGUGCAAAUAAUCAAGGAGAUAGAAGUUCUAAAACAUCUUAAAAUAUGAAUAUGUUGAAUAAUGAUAAGCAUGGACCCUUUCAUGAGGCGAAUUGGAAUAGUAGAUAAGAUUCUCAAGGCUUCAAACUUGAUAACGAUUUGCUGAGUGACUAGACAAUAUCCUACUUGCAGCAGAAUAUCUUUGGCUAGUUUAACUCUUAGAACUAAGGAGACGAAUUACUUGAAUUUGCCCAAAUACCAGAUAAAUAAAAUGAGCUCAUUUAGUAAUUGAAUAGUCUCAAUAUUAAUUAAGAGCAGCAAAAUUUUGACUCUAAUUAAUUUGACAUGAACUGGGCAUAGCAAGUAAAACCUAAUCAAAGCAAAAAUACAAUUUUGAGUCAAAAUAGAUCAUAGCAAAGAGAUAAUGAAUCAUGGGCAAUAAUAGGUAAUUAAAAAGUAGCACAAGAAAGCAAACUAAAAGCACUCAACUAUCAGAGCCCUUCCAAUAACUAAGAGUUUUUCCAAAUCUAAAAUUAAAACUAGUCCCCAUAAAAGUAACAGUUUAAUUUUUAGAAUCAAAACUUGCCAAGCUCACUCUCAAAUUUUCAAAGUAACAGUCGAUAAUAAUAAUAGCAAAUCUUCGCUUACUAGUAUAACUCACCUUAAUAGUCAAGCACUCUUUACUAUAAUGAAGAUAACUAUAAUUAAAUGAUUCAAGAAUAGCAAAACAUUGAGAAGUAGUAUCAAGAUUUGAGAAUAUAGUAAACAGCUGACUUGAAAAGACAAUAAGAUUUGAUAGCCAAAAUGAAGAAUGACUAGGAAAAGGGAGACAAGAUUUAGCAACAAGAGCAUUAGCUUCUACAAAUGAAAUAAUCAUUCUCAAAUGAGAAGAAAAAGUUGCUGAAUCAGAGAAACCAGCUUGAAAAGGAGCUUCUAAAUUUCCAAAAAGAGAGAUAGCAAUAUGAGUCACAAAAGAAACAGGAUAUGGAAAAGUUAAGUGAGGCAAAGCUUUAGAUAUUGUAAGAAAAGAGAUAAAUAGAAGCAAUGAAGAAAAAGUUUGAAGAAGAUUCUCAAUAACAGUAGAAGAAGCUAUUUCAGAUGCAGCAACAACAGACGGAGCAGGAUAUUCAAAAUCAGAUGAAAUAAAAUUAAUUAAUACAGGAAAUGUAAAAGCUAUAAGAAGAGAAGACAAUUUUAAAGGCCUAACUACAAGAGGAACAAAAACUUACUAAUUCUAUUGGUAAAAAAUAGAAGUUAUCAAAUGCUACUGAUCAAAAUAAUGCAAAUAAUCCUGCAGGAUUAAUUUUAGAAGAGGAAUUUUAAAAAGGCUAGGAAUAUUUCAUGCUUAAGCUUGCUGAUCUCAAAGUUGAGAAACAGAUUGGUGCAGGUGCUAGCGCUGAGGUAUUCAAGGGCACUUAUAAGGAGACAGAUGUUGCUAUUAAAAAGUUAAGGAACAUGAUGGCAUCUAAUGAUAACACAUUGAAAGAGUUUAAGAGAGAAGUAAGUACUCUGACUAGAGUCAGACAUCCAAAUCUUGUAUUAUUCAUGGGAGCUAGAGAUUUGAAAUCACUCAAGUAUACAAUAUAUUUAUAAUAAUUGCAAUGUAGUUUGCUAUUGACUUAACCAAUCGAAAGGGAAACUGAUUAUGUCUAGGUAAAGAUUACUGAUUUCGGAUUGUCUAGAGAUGACCACUCUGAAUUGAUGACAGGCCAAGCUGGGACUUUCCAUUGGAUGGCCCCAGAAACUCUAGAGAACAAACCUUAUACUCAUAAAGCAGAUGUUUAUUCCUUUGGAAUUGUGCUCUGGGAGAUUAUCUGUAGAGAGCCACCUUUCAAGUCUUAUAAUGCUCAUGAGAUUAUUUACAAGGUUAUUAACUAUAAGGAAAGACCUUCUACUUCUUAAAUCCCAAAGGAUUGCCCUAGAGAAUUGAUAAAUGUGAUGAUUAAAUGCUGGGACCAGAAUCCCCAAAACAGACCUGAUUUUUCAGAUAUUGUUAAAGAACUAAAGAAGUUUCAAAUCAGCAACUGA